AUGGUGGUGUUGUUUAGAAGCUGUCCCGUGCUGCUCAUUCCAGACCAGGACAAUCUGGUGAUGUUUGAAAUCGCCCUCUGUCAAGCACUGAACGGGCGGGACACGAGGAACCACGAGCUGCAGCUCCCUCCAAUGCACAUCACCCUCCCACCCCCCCAAUCCUACCCACGCUCCUCUCUCCUGCAGGAUAACUUGGACAAUCUGGUGAUGUUUGAGAUCGCCCUGUGUCAGGCCCUGAACGGGCGCGACACGAGGAACCACGAGCUGCAGCUCAAGACUUGGGACGGCCGCCCCAUGGACACUCUCCUGCACAUCAUCAGCAGCCGGUGGGAGCGACGUGCUUCAUGCAAGACGUGGUGGAGAGGAGGGCAGCAGAGGAGUGACUACGAGAGCCCUGAUAGCCACACCUCACCCUCGGCUUUCCUCCUCCCCCUCUCCAUCCCUGUUGCUUCCAGGCGCUCCCCCACGGGCGAGCCGGUGGGAGCGACGUGCUUCAUGCAAGAUGUGGUGGAGAGGAGAGCAGCUGAGAAUGCAUCGGCCAUGAAGAUGGUGGCAGAGGCGGCGAGUCAGGCCAAAACUAUGCAGCUGGCGUGCCUGUGCCACGAGUACAGUGAAAGAUUGGUUGAGUGCGGUGUAGAGAGGAGAAACGAGGAGUUGGUAUGGGCAGCAGAGAAUGCAUGUGCGAUGAAGAUGGUGGCAGAGGCGGCGAGUCAGGCCAAGACCAUGCAGCUGGCGUGCCUGUGCCACGAGAUCCGCAACCCGCUGAAUGGCAUCCUCUCGUCCAUCAGCUUCAUGGAGGGCACUGAAAUGUCUUCAGACCAGCGGGACCUGCUUCACGCCACCUCCGCCUGCGGCUUCAUGGAAGGCACGGAGAUGUCAUCAUCAGACCAGCGGGACCUGCUCCACGCCACCUCCGCCUGCGUGCGGGUAUGUGCAUCUCUUCUUUCCUCUGCCGCUUUGCCUUUCUUCGGCAAGUACCUGCGUCGCGUCGUGGACAACGUGUUGGAUCUGAGCAAGCUAGAGGAGGGCAAGCUGGAGGUGGAGAGCGAGCCGUUUGAGCUCAUUCACGUAGUGGACGCCGUCAUUGCACAGCUGGAGGUGGAGAGCGAGCCGUUUGAGCUCAUUCACGUGGUGGACGCCGUCAUUGCACAGCUGGAGGUGGAGAGCGAGCCGUUUGAGCUCAUCCACGUGGUGGACGCCGUCAUUGCACAGCUGGAGGUGGAGAGCGAGCCGUUUGAGCUCAUCCACGUGGUUGACGCCGUGAUAGCACAGCUGGAGGUGGAGAGUGAGCCGUUUGAGCUCAUCCACGUGGUUGACGCCGUGAUUGCACAGGAGCAUGAGAACGCAAGUGACAAGGGUCUACAGGUGUUCUGCUCGGUUGAGCCGCAGUGUGCCGACGUGAUUGUAAAGGGCGACAAGCACCGCGUGCAGCAGAUCGUAACAAACUUCUUCCGUAACGCAGUGGAGUACACCGAACAAGGCUGGGUCGAGGAGCAUGAGAACGCAAGCGACAAGGGUCUACAGGUGUUCUGCUCGGUUGAGCCGCAGUGUGCCGACGUGAUUGUAAAGGGCGACAAGCACCGCGUGCAGCAAAUCAUCGCAAACUUUUUUCGUAACGCCGUAGAAUACACCGAACGAGGCUGGGUCGAGGUGCAGCUCUAUAAAGGGUCUGGCGAACCAGCUUAUAACGAGUACGGCAGCAGAGACGCGCAGUGGGAGCGGGAGGGAGGCGCGCUGGCCGGGCGGCUCAUGCACGGGCAGCAGACCGGGCAGCGGAAUGGGCAGGACCGAAACGUUUCGGCUGACCAAGAGGAGAUGUUUCCGUUUGUGCUCUGUGUAGCAGAUUCCGGUCCGGGGUUGAGUGAGGAGCAGCGGCAGCAGGUGUUUACGGGUUUGGAUCCCACUAGUGCAGCAGCACCGACCAUCUCUAGUGGCGCUUCCGACACUGAAUCCCGUAAGGCUGCUCUGAACCCUGGUGUGGUGGGUGGUGGGUGGUGGGUGGUGGGUGGUGGGUUGAGUGAGGAGCAGCGGCAGCAGGUGUUUUCGGGCUUGGAUCCCACUAGUGCAGCAGCACCGGCUAUCUCUAGUGGCGCUUCCGACACUGAAUCCCGCUCCUCUGCCCCAGCAGGUUCAGGCCUGGGCCUCAUAGUGAGUCAGAAGCUUGCCUCUCUUAUGAGCGGCUCCCUCUCCUGCGCCUCCGCCCUCUCCCAAGGCUCCUCCUUCCGCCUCUCCCUCUCGCUCCCCUUCGCCGGCCACUCCAACCACGCCGAUCCUGCUGACGCUGGCGCUGAGCUGGCGGCCGGCCACGCCAGCCUGGCGCCAGGUGGCAUGAUGAGCUGUUACCUGAGUAACCGGGUGAAAGGGGUGGUGUAUACGUCGGUGGGGGUGUGGAGCAGUGCCGAGGAGAUAGCAGCUGCACCAGUUGUACCUCCCUCUCUCUCCCGAAGCCUAUCUGCUUCUGUGCCUGCCCGAACCGGCUCAUCUGCUGCUGCUGCUGCUGCUGGUGCCAGUGCUGCUGCUGGGAUGGUGCAGACUGGAGCAGGCUUAUCUGGGGCAGGUGUAUCUGCACCAGCACAUGUGACAGCUGGAGUGGCAGGCAUGACCCUUACCGGAGGAUACUCACAUGGCCUUGCCCUUGGGGCUGCUGCUGGUGCCACUGCUGGUGCCGCUGAAGAGGGCUCGGCACAUGCUGCUGCGGAGGAUGCUGACGUGGACACUGCUGCGCUGGCAGCAAUAGUUGAGCUGGAGGCGGCCUAUGGUGGCCGGGUGAUGGUGCAGGUGCUUCGUGAAGUGGUGGAUUUCCGGGAAGUUGCGAUCAGCCCAUACCCCCUCACUUCCCCAUCCCUCCAUCCCCCUUCCGUCCCUGCCCUGCCCUCUUCCUCCAAGCGGAACUCCGCAGCGGUUUCCGCCAGUUUCUCCACCGUCUCAUCGAGGAGCAAGAGCCUCGCCUGUGAGCCCCUCACUUUCUCCAUGCGCUCACUCCGCCUCGCCAUCCCCCAGGCCGCCGCCACCACCGCACCAGUGGUCGAGCUGGCAGCUGACGUGGCAGAGGCCACGUCAGCAGUGGAGGAGCUGCCGCUACAGUCAGCAGAGGACAUCAAGACGGCACGGAAGGAGGAGCAGCGACGCAAGCGAUUGGUGCAGAAGAGGAAGCUGCGGAAGAAGGGCAGAUGGCCGCCCUCCAAGAUGAAGCAGCACCAGAAUGUGUAA